CCUCCUUCUUCUUUUUUUUUUUUUCGUUGUAUCACGUGUUAUUAUUGCCGAGGUUCUUCAGUUCAUCCCAUAUUGGCUGUGUUGACAGUUUGAAUUUGCAUCUUCCCCGUUCACAGUCGAUGUGCGCUAGUUCCAUCCCGACUGAUGAUGAUGUUACUCACAGAGAACUGUAUGUUGCUGGUCUUGUUGUGUUUUAUGACGCUCGUCGGACUGAUGGUCGUCAUCAAAGCCUGUUGCCAAUCGGAAAUGUUUGGCAGGCGCGAAUCGCGCGAUAGCAGUUCGGACAGCGUCGUCCAAGUUUCCGUUGUCGAGUCGACUGUCUCGGCCAUCUCCAUCCCAGACGUCGUGUUCGAACGAAGCUGCAGGAUGAAUGGCAUCGGGAAUGACGACUUCAUUGAUAUUGAUUUCUCACUCCCACCUUCCUACGAGGAGGCAGUCAAGAUGCCCCUUCCAUUUCGGACGUCCAGUUGACGAGGGGAAAACAAAAAAAUGAAACAGAAAAAAAAGAACAGAUUUCUAAAAAAAAAAAAAAAAAUGAGCUCGAGAGAACUUAUAAAUAUUGAUGAUCUUAUCAAUUAUUCCUAACAACCAGAAAAAGAAAACGUUAAAACAUGAGAACUUAGCCCAUUUUUACCGAAGAUGAUUGAAUAGCUGGACGAAGUGGUUUAAAUCACGCCUACAAUUUCAACCUUUCCCCUAACUUGCCUUCAAAUGAAACGAGAAGGAAAAAACAAAAACAAAAAGAUUUGGUGGUACGGCGGAACUGCAUAUUCCGCUACUCUCUCUUUCCCUCAUCUAUACGUAUACCCCUCGUGUAAUGAGUUGUACUUUCACCAUACGCCUUGACCUCUUUUUUUUUUUUUUUCUUCCAUUGCUGAAAAAAAAAAAAAAAAUCCUUCCUUAUAUUUUCUCCAAUGCCACUUGUUUUCGGCCGCAUCGGCCGGGUGCCUCUAGUGCGCAGGGUUGGGGGAAAGCGUGUCACCUGUCAACCCCCUCUCCUGUUCUAAGGUUAAAAUAACUGUGACCUCGUUUUUUUUUCCGAAAAAAAGAAAAAAAAAAAGGAAAAAAAAAUUCCGACUGUCUACCUUUUACUUUGUUUGGUCCGGAUUGGAACCCUUAUAAAUAAGGGUGACCAAUGCUCAUCUUUACACUUCGUAUUCCAGCGCAGUUCGUCACCGAUUCCGACCGAUGAAGCUCGUCCACUUAAUCCAGUCGCUUUUGCUCGGCGUGGUGGUGCUCGGCCGUGCAAUCGAAGAGCAAACAGCAGACACAAGCGUCGUCACGGAUGAUGCGGACCAACUUCCUUAUCGAUUCCGAUACAACGUAGCGAAUCCGAUCUCAGGCGACUACAAAAGCCAAGCUGAAUCACGCGAUGGGGAUGGCGUCGUUACUGGACUGUACAAAGUGCUGCAACCUGACGCUGAUGCAAUGGGCUUCCAUCCGACAGUGACCUACGAAGGAGAUUGCAAGCGUGCUGGAUCGAUCAAGAAGGCCGGCCAAGCCCAAUCGCCCGAUGCCGCAAUCUUGUCAGCUGAAGCGAUUGCAACGCCCAUCCGUCCAUCGUCGGCAGUCGUUUCCAGUCCCAUCUUCAGCUCCAUGCCGGGUUAUAUCAGUCCGCCGAAGACAGGUGGACACGUUCCAGCUCGACCGGACGAGGAUUUGUCUUCACCGAUAGUGGCAGCACCGUCGGAGAAACUGGUACCUGUUGCAACAACGUUAUCGCCAACGCCAGCACCAAGUGAAAUCGAUCGAUUGUGGCAAACUCUCGGUGCCCAGCCAUUACGCUCCGAGAUAACAACGACACCUGGCAGCGUUCCAGCGUUGACCUCCACCGAAAACGCUGUCCGAAUCGCCGUUGAAAGUGAAGAAAUCAAAGGCGAAAGUCAAUUGCCAGAGGCUCUUUCAACUGCGAUUCAACUGCCCGCGCCUGUUAGCAAGACGCCGAGUGAUGGCGUUCAAAGUCCAGCACAACAAUUGGCUGCUGGUGCGCCGGUGGCCGUUCCAUCCGCGUUGGCCGGUGAGGUCGAGACGUCGAACGUUGUUCCAGAUUCCAUCGUGAGCCUUUUACAGAGUUUCGACCCCAUUCAGACUGUCGAUACCUCUGCAUAUCAACAAUCCCAGUUUUCCGAACGCACCUUGAAAACAGAACCGGACUCGUCGGCCGCCAUGUCUCCAGCUGUCGAAGACCCUGCCAUUCUAAACGACAUUGAAGUGAAAUCCGAUGAGAUAGAAGCUGAACUUCGUGAUCCCACAGCUGUUCAAGUGUCAGCCAUUCAAUCCGACGAGGCAGUUCCAGCUGAAAUGGCAGAAACGGCCGAAUCCAAAAGCAUCCCUCAGCCGGAAGAAGAAGUCAAAGUCGAUUUCGACGAUGAUGACUUCACCUUGCAAACGAAAGUUGAUGAAACUUUGGAACCCAAAACCGCAGCUCAAUCCGAUGAAAAGCUUACGGAAAAAGAGAGAUCGUUUGGAACGUUCGCACACUCCGCCCUGGCCAACGUCCAAAACCUGACGGCUCCCUUAACUCAUUUGAUUUCAUCUUCGGUGCAGAAUUUAUCGAAUCCCGUCACCGGUUUAUUGAACAAACUGAAUAAACUGGCGCCGACGACAGUUGCGCCAUCGACCGUUUCUCCCGUGACGACGCCAACGACCAGCGUCGCUCCGGCCGCCAAGAUCGACGUCGAAACCGAAGACGUGGCUGUUGAGGGAAUCACCGUGACACACGAUCAUAACGCAGAAGCUUACGCUCCGACUGAUGGAGUUGUUCCAGACCUUGCGGCCAUCGCUGAAGACUCGCAGCAGUUGAUAUCUGAAAGGCCAUCGGUAGAACAAGUUUCGUCUAAAGAAGAAGGUGCAGAACAGACUGUGAACCACAAUCUCGAGAGCAUCAGCGUAGAUGUUAACGAUCCAGCCGUGUUAGUGGAAUCUGUUCCGUCGACUGAUUUCACUCGUCUUUCCGCCGAGCCGGCGCUAACUUCCGCUUCGGACGUUCCUAUCGCUUCUGAAACGAUCGUUUAUGACUCACUUCCGACAGUGGCCGAAGGCGAUGCUUUUGAAUCUUUCAAACUCGCCGGCCUUGAAUACCAACCUACCGAACAGGUUCAAGCCGAUGUCCAGGAUGCUUCCAGUUUGUAUGUCCGUAUCCCGCCAGAACAUGAAUAUGCAGAGGCAGAUCCGGUUAAAGUAAAUGAGAAAUCCUAUUAUCAAAACGCUGAAACUACCGUGCAUCACGCUGCUCCCGAAUCCUACGCUCGCUUAGUUGAUUCUGUUCCAGUCAUCUACAGCCAACUGCAAACCGCUCCGUUGUAUGUCCAUCAACAGACUCUCAAUGUGUCUCCUCACGCUUAUCCGGCCCCCGUCCGCCAAUCGACAGCACGUACCGUCGAUUCUGUAGCCGCGAUGCCUUACGGUGCGCGGGUUCAUGCGUUCGUGCCCAACUACGGGACUGUAGGCAAAGCUCCGCCGGCUUACGUUUACAAUCAACAUCGUCGUCAAGGACAAUGGAAACGUCGACUUCAUUACCUGCCUCACCGUCGUCUCGUUCCAGCCGCUCCCAUCCGGAGCAGUAAGAAGGGAGAGGCGUACGGAAUGCGCUACGCGGCCGUACCGGCCUCACCUAUGAAAUCUCGUUAUGCUGUUCGCCUUCCGGCUGUUAAACAACCCACUCCGUUCUACAGCACCUAUGUCUACUAAAAAAAAAAAAAAAAAAAAAAGACUUCUGGGGUCCUUUUUGCAUUUUUUUUUUUUUUUCAGUGCCUAUUGUGUUUUCGCAUUUGCAUUUUUUUGUGAAUGUCAAACGUGCAACUACCUCUUCAAUGUUUUGGUUAGUUUCCCCCUUUUUUUUUUAUUUUCGAAAAUAUAAAUGCAAUC